AUGGCUGCGCAGCCGGGACGCGUCUGCGUCUCGGCGGAGCUGAGCCAACGAUGCUGUUGCAAUGUGGGUUACGGCAUCACGGCUGCGUCAAGAGGUGAGGUGCCUAUGCCCGCACCCUUUACAGCGUCGCAGCAGCCAACCGUGGAGGAUAUCUUUGCGACCCGCUUCGGCACGACCAUCUUUGGCGACUGUCGGGACACCUCCGCCACCGACGCGCUACCGCUUGCCUCCCCACGCACAGACGUGGACGCGCUCUUCAGGGAACGGUUUCCUGCUCUGGCAGCACAGGCUACAGCGGAGAGAAUGCACAAAGUGGCCGUGUCUCACGGUACCACGAAGACACAGUCAGCGAUGUGGGAUGGUCUUCGGCGGUGCUUCAAGCUUCGCAGUCGCCUACCUUCGGCACGGAUCCAUAACAGCAUGGGUGACAUGCUGUCGCCGGCGCCACCCCCUGCCCGCUUCUCUCCGCAGUACCCGCCCGUCGCCAACGAAGCCUCAGGGUACCAGCCUCCGCCCCCUGAGGUGCAGCGCUACUGGCACAGCUGCCAACUGUGGGCGUCCCUGCAGCCGCACAUCCAGCAGGAGCAGCAGUCAGUACUGCAGCUGCGUGCACAGGCGCAUGCAGCCAAAAUCGCGCAACAGAAGUCCCUGCGGCAGCACCUGUACCGCACCAUGUACUGGACUCUGUUCGUGGUGUGCCCGCUGCUGGGACUCCUGUUCCUGUGGCUAGCCAUCGACGCCGCUGCGUACGGGGCGGAACUGGAGCUACUGCCCUUUGUGAAGUACGACGAGGCGCUGCGGGACUUUGCCGAGGCGGAGGGCCACCACCGCCAGCUCAUCCGCGGCAAGGGCAACAACGGCGUAGCCAAGAAGAAAAACAUACGCAUCGACUAA